AUGCUGUAACGGGGGUGCCACGCGCAGUCCGGCUGGACCGGGGGAUGCUGGUGUAUAAGACAGACGGAGCGCCGCUGCCAGUCCUAAGGAUGGCGGUGCGCUAUGACGUCAAGGGAGGAGGAGGAAUUGGAAGAUGCUCCUCGCAAAGAUAUCCUGCGGAAAGUAAACAGCGAAGAUGUAUAAAUGCUGUCCAGAUCUGAGCCAUGCUAAGUUGCAGACGACCGAGGUUUGACGAACGCACACGACCCAAGCCGAGCACGAGAUGCACCGUUCCCUCUUCGCCCUCUCCCUGCUGUUCGCAGCCUGCUUGGCCGGCCCUGUGCCCUUGAACAAGGCAGAAGAAGAUGCAAUACUGUUACUAGAAAAGAAAUUACCGAAAGACAAGCCCCUGAGGACGAGAAUGCAGGCGGAGAAGGACAUCAUGGACCAGAUUCUGGAGGCCAACAAUGAGCUGAACAUGUUCGAGGGUGACAUUCCCGGAGUUUCUGCGAACAUGGCCAGGAACGCCAUCAGGGACGUGACUAAAGCCUGGACCUCCCGAAACAUCCCCUACGUCAUCAAGACCGACGACUUCAGUAGCACGGAGAUCGCCCUGAUCCAUCAAGCCAUGGAGGAGUACCACCUCCAGACGUGCAUCCGGUUUGUGCCGAGGACCAACCAACCCGACUACAUCCACAUGAAGAAGCUUACAGGUUGCUGGUCUGGUGUGGGCGUGGCUGGAGGAGAACAGGAGGUGUCGUUCGGUAACGGCUGUAUCCACAAGGGCAUCAUGAUGCACGAACUGAUGCACGCUGUCGGCUUCUGGCACGAGCAGUCCCGCAGCGACAGGGACGACUGGGUUGUCAUCCAAUGGGAGAACAUUCAGGAUGGGAAGGCACACAACUUCAACAAGUACUCGCAGACGGAGGUGGACACGCUGGGCGCGCCCUACGACUACGGCUCCGUGAUGCACUACAGCGCUACUUCCUUCAGCAAGAGCGGACUGCCCACCAUCGUGGCCCGCACGCCCACCGACGAGGUCAUGGGUCAGCGGAACGGCUUCAGCACCACGGACGUGCAGAAAAUCAACCAGCUUUACAGCUGCCACAUGCCUGUUGGCUGGAGUGACUGGACCGAGUGGAGCCCGUGUGACGACACCUGCACCAAGACUAGGCGGCGCUUCUGCUCCGACCCUAACGGCUGUAGUGGACGUGACACCGAGACACAGAAGUGCCCGUGGCCUUGCCUGGCGGGCGUUCACCCCGACUGUGGCAACAGUUUCCUGGGCGGUCCCAGUGGCGAGAUCAAGUCCCCCAUGCACCCUCAGAACUACCACGACUUCCUGAACUGCAGGUGGCUCAUCAACGCCACGGGGACGGAGCCCAUCACUCUCAGCUUCAAGGAGUUCUCUGUGGAGGCUGGCGGCGCAGCAUGUAGCUAUGACGCUCUGAAGGUGUAUGACGGCGCGGACGAGAGCGCCCCCCUGCUCGGUACUUACUGCGGGGAGACCAACCCACCGGACUUUACGUCAUCGGGAGACCGGAUGUUCAUCACCUUCUCUUCGGACAGCUCUUACAACCAGCGGGGAUUCGUCAUGGAGUACUCCAGUGUCCGAAUGCUGGCGGACUGCGACUUCGACACCGACAUGUGCAGCUUCUUCCAGGACGGAUCCGACAACUUCGACUGGAUCCGCCACCAAGGGUCCACCCCGUCCGGACAGACAGGACCAACCGCUGACCACACCACCGGGUUGGGACACUACCUGUUCAUCGAGGCGUCCAGUCCGCAGGACGUGGGGCACAACGCCAUCCUCCGGUCCCCCAUCUACCCGCCCAGCUCCGCCGGGUACUGCCUGGACUUCUACUACCACAUGUACGGUGUUAACGUCGGCGACCUGAAUGUCUACCUCUUCACCGGAGUCAGGCAGGAGGACCCUGAUUGGUCCAUGUCCGGUAACCAAGGCAACCAGUGGCUCCGUGCGCGCAUCAGCAUCAAACCCACCAGCAACUUCCAGAUCAUGAUCGAGGCCAUCCGAGGCGCUGAUUGGCGGGGAGACAUCGCCAUCGACGAUAUCAAGCUCCUCAGCCACCCCUGCGAGUAAAAUGGACCAACCCUGCAGCGGCCAAUAUGGACCCCCCCCCCCCGACUCACACUUUACACUUAUAGUUUUGCAAGAACACAUUAAUAUAUAUAUAUUGACGUAACUUAUGUCGCACAAUAUCGUGUGCAUUCUUGUCAAUCGUUCUAAUUACAAGAAAAUAACACGUGACAGGCCUGUGCAGGACGAAAAGGUACUGCCAGGUGCGCACUGAAUCAUACAAUGAUCGCGAUGGCAGGACCAUCAACGUAUUAUCUACAAUCAGGUUUGAAGGUCUUGACCGUUCUUGUUAUCAACAUCUGGCAUUUUCGCGAAAAGUUGAUAUAUAAAGUAUUUAUUUUUUGUUGUAGAAGCACUUUUGUUGCACUAUUUUAAGUUAUCGACGCUGGCCUUGAAGGUCAAUAAAGUACAAGCAUUUGAGA